UCUUCUUCCAAACGCCAAUAAAAGAUGGAGACACUGAAGGGUGAAUAGACAUCAGCCAAUAGCGUCGUCGUCUCCUAUUCUCUCAUCUCCUUCCCUCUCCUAUUAAGCGUGAUAGUCGACCCAACUUCCAGUCGCCAUUGGACAGGUCCAGUGAGGGAAAGGAGAGAUCGUUCCACCUCUACCUUCCAGUAAAAUAUCAGGUAACUAUGGAUUCAAGAUUAAGCUUUUCACUUCUUAUGCUGGUAAUCAGCUUUAUUCCAGCAAAUGCCAGAAGUCUGGCUACCUUGGAUGCCUUUGUUGUGGAAGUGGAUAACAAGAUACAAAGUGAAAGUAGCAUCAUAAAGAAUGAAAAAUUGUGCACACUCUGUGAAGACUUCACUUCCAAGGCUUUAUACUAUCUUGGUGAAAAUGAGACUCAGACUCAGGUUAUCAGUACACUUCACAAAGCAUGUUCCACACUGCAUUCUUUCAAACAACAGUGUAUUACAUUGGUAGAUUACUAUGCACCAAUGUUUUUCUUGGAGGUUUCCACAGUAAGUCCAGAGCAGUUCUGUGAAAAGGUGAAUCUCUGUGGGGAGACUGUAGUGAUGCAAUUGCCAAAGCGCGAUGAUGCCUGCAACCUCUGCCAUAAUGUUGUUGUAGAGGUUCUUGUCAAACUGAAAGAUCCUGACACAGAGCUUGAGGUGCUCGAGACACUUCUGAAAGGCUGCAGCAAAAUGGAGAAUUUUGCCCAAAAGUGUAAGAAACUGGUCUUCCAAUAUGGCCCACUAAUCCUCGCCAACGCUGAGAAUUUUCUCGAGACGAAUGAUGUCUGCACCGCAAUCCACGCAUGCAAGGAUAGUCAAGAAGAUCUCACUGCAUCCAUGCUUGCUGAUGCUUGAGCUAUGAAGGUAAAAAGAAGCCUAAGAGAUUUCUGCGCUCUGCACAUGAGCAUAAUUGUUGAACUUAUGUCGCAAUAAUCUUUUACUCUCCACUGCUGUAAAUAGAAAACAUCUGCCUCAAGCUUGUCAUUUGUGCAUAAGCAUAUCGGUAUUGUACAUUACCUAGUCAACCUGGCCUUGUAAUAGUAAAUACUUGACAUCUUAUGGCUCUGUGAUUCUUAAAUAUCUCAGUAUUAUUCUAGUGUUCACAUGUCUGCCUCA